AUGGCUCACGGCACCGCUUCUCAAGUUCCGCAAAUCCUCAUGGGGCCUGCUCCUACAGUGCGGAAGCAGAAUUCGUCGUGUGAUCCUUGCCGGCGUUCGAAACGACGAUGUGCGUUUCCGGACGGGGUCAAACCCGGGUCCCCCAACAGCUGUCUGAACUGCAUUCACCUCGGGCAUAACUGCACGUUUGAUUUUGUCAAUUCCCGAAUCAAUCAGAAGAAGAACAAGACCAAGCAAGCAGUCCCAUAUGUACAGGAACAGCCUAUCGCUCCUGCCACCUCCAGACCCGAAAAGCAGGUCAUUGUUCCUUUGCCCGCGGAUCCGGUGCUGGUGGACUCCACCCAAGGGACCGCGCAGAAUGAACUCUGGAGUGGGAUUCCAUAUACCGGUUUCCUCGAUGUCGAUAUGUUCAUGGGCAAUCUGGUGUCGGAAUGGACCAGCUUGGACCGCCAGGUGUUCACCACCGAGGCCGCGGCCACAGAGCAAUAUCAAAGCAGCAGCACAUCGCCAUCGACCACUCAGCACUCAAGCAGCCAGUACCAGACACUCCCCAAAUCACCCAAUGACUUGUUCGCCCGGAGAAACUCGUCGCUUGGGCUUUGGCGGGGCAGUCCAAUCCACCUGCUCAACUCCAGUGUUGAGACACAGCGAAUAAAUCAAAGUCUCGGUGAGGUUUACAAUUCCAUGAUGUCUGGGAUUGCAAUACGAUACCUGGAUUACAACUGUAAUCUAUUCGCCGGAUCAUACAAAUAUUCAUUUGAUCCCGAUCAGUCAAAUCCAUCGACCUUGGAUAUUAGUGCUGGCCAAUCUGUGGGCAACAUGUUGACGCCGUCAUGGAAGAAAGCUGCACUAGACACUAACGGCUCCCAGAUUCACGCUAAUAUGGCACCGGAGAGACUGGCGAGUCAGAUCAAUAAGGUUACCAUGAUUGGAGUGGCUCGAUUUUUGGACAACUUUGGCGCCCUCUACAGCAAUGUCAUUGAUCAGAAAACACGCAAUGAGAAUGAGCGUACCUUGAUCGCAGUCCUGCAGGCAUUUGCUCUCCAGUUUGCGCCAUCUCGACAAGCAGAUGGUCCGCUAGCACGGUUCUUCGACAACCCCCAGGGCGCAAGUCAGUGCUCGACAUCAGACCCUUUACCUGGUGAUCGGAGUACCAACAGUCAACACGUCUUCACCGCCGCCUGGUUCAAUGCACACUCUCAUCUGGUUUCGUCGAGGGAAAAUAGGUCCUUUGUCAAGCUUUACUCGGUCUUCCUCUUUCUGAUGACGAGCGUACCACCAGAAGCAUCGUCAAUUUCCGCUUACGAAGACACUCCGAUCUGCCUUCUAGAUGAUGCUUUGCGCCAAAUGGGAGAGCUACAGAGUCUAGUGGAAGGCUAUUGUGAGCAUCUGGGCAGGCAAUCAAUUUAUCGAUUCCUCCUUCAAUCCUCUGUGGGUAUUAUGCGCUGGUACGGCUAUUUGCGCGACACGAUAGAUUCCGUGCUCCACGAGCGACCUUGUAUGUUGGAGGACGCCCCCCCGAGGUCAAAAGGAACCCUUUUGAGUGGUCACUUGCCCCCAGAAUGGCAGCAACCGACCGUAUUUGACCAGGAAGUUCCUAAGCAUUGCCAGAAUGCCGCAGGGGACCUUUUUCGUGUUUUCAGGGGGACCAUUAACCUGAGGCAGAUUCUUUUAACUGGCGCCGCAGCAUACAACAUACCUACGUUGAGGAGUGCGGUCACAGUAGCCGUGGGCAUCAACGAUGAGUUUGCCUUGAUCUAUGGCUCAUGGCUGCAGCAUUGCUCUAUCUCUUUCUACUUACUGUCUGAGAAAUCCAAACUAGCCUCGGCGUUUAUGUUGUUGUUUUGGAGCCUAGCUACUCUGUUACUCGUAGAGCAGCUUCAUGGCGCAUCGAAUAUUCUUCCUGUCGCGGAGAGACAGCCCCUGCUGGAAAAAGCGCUAUCUUACCAGCGAGAUGCAGUUACGUCUCUUCUCACAAUAGCACAGCGAAUUGUGGACGUAUCGGCCAUGGGCGAAUUCAGACUCAUCAACAGUGUCCAAGCAAAGAUGCACUUCAUCUCACAUCAUGCAAACACGGUCCUGGUGGUCCUGGCCUUGUCCAAAGCAAUCGAGCAUACCAUCGACUUAAACCUAUCAGCAGGGCAGCAAGGCGACUUGACUUCGACGCUGUUUCCCGACAUGAGCCCAGAUUCGGAAUGGGUUGCCAAUAUGAAGCCUUUGCUCACAUGCCUGUUGACGCUCGACUCUACUGUAUCUGGAGCGAUUACCGCGAGGCCGGCGCUGCAGAGGCUGAUGCAGCAAUAUGGUGACAUCCUGAUGGAUUGCUGGUCACACGAAGACGUGGACAACCUGUCGUGA